AUGAUAUUGAUACGUAUUUCAUGUUAUAAACAUGGGUGUGAGUGGUGUUCCUCUAAGCGCAUAAAAUUUGCACUCUUGUUCGAAUACGAGGCUAUUAAAUUUCAUGGUCAAGAUUCCAGGGUGAAAAAUGAUGGCCUCACAUCAACUACGUUAAAACUCUUCAAUCAAGCCAUGACAGUCGAUUACUCGUUAUACUUGGUGACUGAUUCGACCAUGAUUCCAAGCUCCUCCACUUUUCUCAAACAAGUGGAGGACGCAGUCAAUAAUGGAGUAACAUUAGUUCAAUUACGGGAGAAGGAUAUAUCCACUUUGGACUUUAUUGAAAGGGCGAAAGAGGUUCACAAAGUGACCAAGCCGAAAAACAUUCCUUUGAUCAUUAAUGAUAGAGUUGACGUUGCCUUGGCUGUUGAUGCAGAAGGUGUUCACGUUGGACAGGACGACAUGCCAGCAACAUUAGUGCGGAAAUUAAUUGGACCUGAUAAGAUUGUUGGGGUGACUUGCUCCAAUCCGGAGGAGGUGAGACAGGUGGUUAAAGAAGGGGUAGCUGAUUAUGUUGGAUUGGGUACAACAUUUGCCACAAAUACUAAAAAAGACGUAAAGACCCCAGGUGGCGUUGGUCCAGUUGGUAUAAGAAAACAAAUGAAUGAGUUGAGUAAGGACAUUCGUUGUGUUGCAAUUGGAGGGAUAAACCAUUCCAAUGCUAAUAGAGUGAUACAUCAGUGCCGAGUGGGGGAUAAAAAACUCGAUGGUAUUGCAGUCGUUUCUUGCAUUAUGGCCAGUGAAGAUGCAGCUAAAGCAACAAGAUCAUUACGUGAUGAAAUAAAUUACACACCAGACUGGGCAUUCACCAGGUCAUUUGGUAAAAAUAUCCCUAGCCAUUUGAUGGUUAAAAACAUGACAGACCUGCACCCUCUAGUGCAUCACAUCACUAACAACGUUGUCAAGAAUUUCAGUGCCAAUGUGACAUUAGCUAUUGGAGCAUCACCAAUUAUGUCGGAAUUGCCAGAGGAGUUUGAAGAGUUUGCUUCAGGUAUCCCCAACAUUGGACUUGUUAUUAAUUUGGGCACUCCAAAUGCGGAGCUAAUGAAUGUGUUUUCCAAAGCGUUGGUUACUUACAAUAAAUACGACAAGCCUAUAGUAUUUGACCCUGUUGCCUGUGGGGCCUCAAAAGCUCGUCUUGAAAGCUGCAGGAAGCUUUUGAACCAAGGUUUCGUUUCUGUAAUUAAAGGCAAUGUGGGGGAAAUUAUGAGCAUGUGGAAGCUCACUCCAUACUACAAAGAAGGAAGUAACCAUGAGAAUCACAUGAGAGGGGUAGAUUCCAUUUCUAGUGUUAAGGAAGUUGAGGUGUUGGAGAAAGGAUUUCAAGUUGCAAGCACUUUUGGGUGUACUGUUGUGAUCACUGGAAAACAGAACCACAUAUUAGGCAGCGACAAAAGAUCAGUGUCAGUCCCUGGUGGAGACGUAGUAAUGGGUAGUAUAACUGGUACUGGAUGUUCCUUGGGAAGUACAAUUGCUGCCUUUUUAGCUGCAGAGAAAGCCAGUCCAAUAGUUGGAGGAGACAUUUUGAAGGCUACUGAAAUAGCGGUUGAAUUAUAUAACAGAGCCGGUGCUUGUGCCGCUGAAGUUUCACAGUCUCCAGGAACCUUUAUGAUUACAUUUCUUGACAAACUUAGUGAAAUGUCACAAAAUCCUGAAGGUAAAACCUAA